UGCAGUAGCACGUGAGAGCGCGCGCGCGUUGCUGUGAUGCGCGCUUGGAUUCAACCUCAACUCAAGGCUGUAUAAAACUCUUCAACUUUGACUUCAACUUAUUCUCAUCAAGGCCAUCUAUAGAAUUAUCAUUCUGAGCGGACUCACACAGAAAACGAGGGAUCUUGAUUUGGAGAUUGAGAUGGAUCAGCAUGAUCCAUCAGUGUCUGAACUACUGCCGCUCAUGCGGGCUGCAUCAACGUCACCAAAAGGACCAAAGUGGUCUCGGAAGUGCUCCGCUGACAGCGAUGGGGAAUGGGGUCCGUCACAGAGUGUGAGGAAGUCUCAGAGGCUGAGGGACUCUACUCCCAUAGACAGUGGCUCUGAGAGCGACUUUCGGCCAGUUGUGAAGGAGGAGAUAAAGAUUGAAGUCACUUCACCAAGGGUUGAGCGGCCGUCGUCUCCCUCGGUGUCGGACGACGAUCCUUUCUCGGACCGCGCUCUGCAUUCUUUAGUGAAAGAGGAAAAGUACCGACCUCGAUCACCGUCACCGUCUGAGGACUUCAUCGGGUUCACUGAGGUGGACCGGGACAGUGCUUGUUUCAUCUCCAGUGUAAAAAGGGAUAUGCUACUGGGAUGCCCGUCGGACAGUGAAGACUCGGCAGAAGUCUUUGCCGAAGGAGAGUUCAUCAAGAGUCAACGUCUCGUCAUAAACUACCGUGAUGUGGACGGUCUCGAUGAUAGUAACAUAUUUUGUGACGUGUGCUGCCGCGAUUGUGACGGUGAAUGUCCCGUCCAUGGACCGCUAAAGAUCAUACACGAUACCAAGGCACGACCCGGUAUCGGAGAUGCCGACAGGGACGUCAAGACCCUGCCGCCUUCUCUCAGCUCUGGUCAGUCGACAAAUCCAGCGUCUGGCACCGGAGUUUUGGCGGAGAAGGACCUUCCUGCGCGCCAAAGACUCGGUCCUUACGAGGGCAUCUUGACCACCGAGCAGAGUCAGACGCGAACCACCGGGUACAGAUGGCAGAUCAAGAAGGGUGACCGGGUGCAUCACUCGGUGAAUGCCGAAGACCCGAGCUGCAGCAAUUGGCUCAGAAGGGUCAACUGUGCCCGCUCGGAGGAAGAACAAAACCUAGUGGCCUUCCAGUACCGGGGUCAGAUAUACUUCAGGACGUCGAAGCCCGUUCCGCGAGGCUCUGAGCUGCUGGUGUACUACGGAGACGACUCGGCCCGGGAGCUGACCGUCCACUCGGAGACGUCUGGGCAGUCUGUGACUUCCUCUCCGGCCGGACCGUCAUCUUCAGGUAUUGGUGGUACACUUCGGUGUCCCCACUGCGGCUUCCGAUGUCUGGGACAACAUUAUCUGGACGGACAUGUGAAGACAAGUCACGGUCACAUCGGCAGGAACGGCAGAUUCAAGUGCGAGUGGUGUCAAUACUCGACCGACAAGUCCACCCGUAUGGAACGCCACCGCAGAAUUCACACAGGGGAACGGCCAUACGGCUGCUCCAUCUGCAAGGCACGGUUCUCUGAGCGGUCAAACCUCAUCACACACAUGCGGACCCACACGGGGGAGCGGCCGUACGGCUGCUCACACUGCCAGGCCCGGUUCACUCAACGGUCUAGCCUAAACAAACACAUGCGGUCCCACACGGGGGAGCGGCCGUACGGCUGCUCCAUCUGUACUGCACGGUUCACUCAAUGGUCAAGCCUAAACAAUCACAUGCGGUCCCACACGGGGGAGCGGCCGUACAGUUGCUCCCGGUGUCAGGCCCGGUUCGCUGAACGGGGACACCUCAAGGCACACAUGAGGACCCACACGGGGGAGCGGCCGCACGGCUGCUCCAUCUGUACUGCACGGUUCACUCAACGGUCAAGCCUAAACAAUCACAUGCGGUCCCACACGGGGGAGCGGCCGUACAGUUGCUCCCGGUGUCAGGCCCGGUUCGCUGAACGGGGAAAUCUCAUCAAACACAUGCGGACUCACACGGGGGAGCGGCCGUACGACUGCUCACACUGCCAGGCCCGAUUCACUCAACGGGCACACCUCACCAAACACAUGCGUACCCAUGCGAAGUGCAACCGCACUGCUGCCACUUCUGUCUAACGGUUCGGCAGUUUGACUCACAAAAGUCAGUUUUAAGUGGUACACAGUUUUGAGAAUUACACAGGUUUGAUGCGGUAAAUGCUUUGAUUAGCGAAAUUCAAUGCUGAAACGUGUUGACAAGUGCGUGGCCGGCCGCCGUUGUACGUUAGUUAUUGGUGUUAUAGAUGUGAUUCUCGUUUGUGAGCUUCGUGGCUACCAGUGUCAUAUCUGGUUUGUUUGUUCUUAUCCAGUGUGAUUCAGUGCUUGUGUUUUAAACUAGCCACCUUAACUCACUCCCCACGGGGGGGGGGCGCUAUACAUAGCCCCCCUCCCGUUUUUCUGCAAUAACUUCCAAAUUGCUUGACGUAUCGACGCUAAACUUUCAGUACCUUCGGCUGCAUCAAUUUAACACCUUGUGUCAAAAUAUGAACUUCGUAGUUACCAUAGGUCGGCCGGAAAUGACGUCAGAGUGAUGUCAUGUUCGGCCGAUUUCGACACAAAACAUUGAACCACGGCAAUCGCUCCCAAGAGCUCAGUUUUUAACGCCACGGUAAAUGCUUUGAUUAGCGAAAUUCAAUGCUGAAAAGUGUUGACAAGUGCGUGGCCGGCCGCCGUUGUACGUUAGUUACUGGUGUUAUAGAUGUGAUUCUCGUUUGUGAGCUUCGUGGCUACCAGUGUCAUAUCUGGUUUGUUUGUUCUUAUCCAGUGUGAUUCAGUGGUUGUGUUUUAAACUAGCCACCUUAACUCACGCCCCACGGGGGGGGGGCUAUACAUAGCCCCCCUCCCGUUUUUCUGCAAUAACUUCCAAAUUGCUUGACGUAUCGACGCUAAACUUUCAGUACCUUCGGCUGCAUCAAUUUAACACCUUGUGUCAAAAUAUGAACUUCGUAGUUACCAUAGGUCGGCCGGAAAUGACGUCAGAGUGACGUCAUGUUCGGCCGAUUUCGACACAAAACAUUGAACCACGGCAAUCGCUCCCAAGAGCUCAGUUUUUUAGCUAGAUCCAAUUUCUUUGCAUGAAAGGACUCAGAAUAGACUGCGCUUUCAAACUGCUAUCUCGGAUUUUCAAAAUUUCAAAUAUUUCGUUAAUUUUAUUUAAUAAAAUUCAAAAUUUAUAUUUCAUAUUUUUCAAAAAGUUUUCGAUUUUUCGAGAAAAAAAAAUGGAAUAGAUGUGAUAGAACGCAUGUUUUUGACUAAGUCUAGCAAGUUUUAGCUAAAUAUCUUCAAAAAUGGCUAAGUUUUCCGCAUUAGGUAUUGCAAAAAUUCACAAAUAUUAAUUUUUUAAAUCAAUUUUUCAGUACGUAUUUGACAUCGUACACCAAUAUAAAUAGCACCAUCGUGUUCCUGAGCUCAAACUACAUCCAAUAGACACCUUUUUUGUUGAAAAAUUUUAGCUUCAAAAUAUGACCUUUUUUGACCUGAAAGUGACCUGACCUAAGCUAAAUUCGGCUCAAAAUGACCUCGAAUAACACAGACGGCAUCAAAUUCGAGAUCCAUGGCCUUAAUGGACCAUAAAACAUGUGUCACGUGACCGACGCAUGAUAUAAUAUUUCCGUGAUCUGUGAUGACCUGACCCUGACCUGAAAAUCAAAGUACAAGUUUGGUACCCCCAGGAUAUCUAGAGCAUCUGUUCACGAGUGUGUAAACAAAAAAUGAGCCUGAUCUGACUGGUAAGACGGCGGCCAGAGCCCAAAAUGUGAAGAAGCAAAAAUGCUAAUAAUUUUUUACUUUGACCUGACCUGUGCCGUCAUCGGUGACCUCGAGGUCAAUAAAAUUAGGUUUCCUUCGACAGUUUUUCCGGGGCUAUCAGACGCCGUUUGAAUUUUGACGAUCGGCCAAGUAGUUUCGGAGUUAGGCUGGGGGCUAUGGAGAGCCCCCCCCCCCCCCCGUAGGGCGUUUUAUACGCAGACCCCAGUGGGGCGCGGGAUAACAUAGGAGGUAAGGACUAUCGCUGCUGUUUGUUUAUACUAUAUUUUGUGUGAGGAAUAUCCGGUAAUUUUGAGAUAAUACUUCUUUUUUGGCUUCGGCUCCCUCUCGUAUUCGCCGUAUUUCGUAUUAUCUGCGCACUUUUGUGGACAAGUAGCGGGUCAAACGUAUGUCGGCAUGUCGUCCAGAUGUUACAGGUCUCUAUUCAUCCUGUAUAAACGAAGCCGUUCUUAGAUAUGUGCUGUUUGUUUAUAGGCGUGACUGGAUGUUUCUGGUCUUAUCGCCUCUGGCGGAAUGGGGAUUACGUGCCGCUGAUGGGUGAAAUAAAAGUAGUAUUGCUAGAUAGAAAAAUGUACCUACUAAGUUUUCUCUGGACAUAUGUGUAUGGAUCAAUACCUACCCACUACUGUGCCGCAGUGUUUUGUUUAUGUACAUUUUCAAGUUCAAAUAUUGCCAUGGCCGAAUGAACGCGUAUUAGGUAAUAAAGAAAAUGAUCGCUACUACCCUUUCCAUCAUGUAUGUAUGUAGGUAUUUCAAGUGACCAUCCCACCUUAACAUUAGUUUUGAGUUGAGAUAGCCAAAAUGGGGUCCCUGGCCUGCACUUACCUACUGGUUCAAGCAUUCACAACAUCGAUAAAUGCCUGAAAUAGAAAAUAUCUUAUUUCAAAGUUGCAGCACUUU